GAGAGAGAGAGAGAGAGAAAGGGAGGUGGGCGAGAAUGAAGGAGAGGCUGUUUCUGUGCAGGCCACUGAGAGUGACUGUAUGCAGUGUCAGGAUAGGAGCUGUCAGAGUUGUGUGAGUGCACUGGGUGUUUGACUGGUUAUCCUGCACCUCCGCUGGGGAAUGCCUUUGGGAUUUUUCCCGGAAUCUCCCUCGACCAUGUUUUUGGGGAAAGCAAGGAAGUGAACAAGAGGAGAGAGAGAGAGCAGUCAAUUCUCUGCUUCUCCCUCUGUGACUGUCACUGGGAGAAGGGGACAUGGACUCUGUAACCCAGAGCCUCGGCUGAAGCAGCACUUUGCAAAGGCACCCAGCCCCUUCCCCAGUUCCCCCCACCCUGGGAUCCGAAUGAUCUUUGUGAAGAUGGAUGUAACUUCAACCCUGACAAUCCUGCACUGGCUACUCGCACUGUCCCUUCGCUGGUCCUCUGCCAAGACUCCACGUUACCCACUGCAGACACAGCAGCAGACAAACCAAGUGAUGAGCUGGAUGGAUGUGUACUGGCAUUCCGUCUGUCAGACCCGUGAGACUCUCAUCGCCAUCAGUGGGGAGUAUCCCAACGAGGUGGAGUAUAUCUUUGUGCCUUCGUGUGUCCUGCUGACCCGGUGUUCAGGGUGCUGUAACGAUGAGAAGCUGCAGUGUGUUCCCACAGUCACUGAAACCAUCCUCCUGCAGAUUUUAAAAGUCAAACACCAAUGGUCUAACCUGGUGGAGAUACCGUUCACUCAGCACAGACGCUGUGAGUGUAGACCAAAGAAAGAUUUCAAACACGUCACAUCAAGGACAGACCAGUCGCAGCACAGGAAUGGCAGGGGACAGCAGAGGAAGCUGAUCCAGGCACCAUCUCGCCCGACCCACUGCCGACCCUGCUCCCAUCGGAAGCGACACGGCUUUGUGCAGAACCUGGAGAGCUGCGAGUGUUAUUGCCGGCUAACCCACCAACGGUGUCGCCUGAAAGGGCAGGAGCUGAACGAGCACACGUGCAGAUGUGAGAAGACAAGGCGGUGAUGGAUGGAGGCCGUGUGUGUCAGCUCCUGCCCGCUGCGAUGUGAGGUGGGGGGGGGGGGGGGAGGUGGGCAAGGGAGAGGCACAUGUUCAGGGUCUGCGCCUCUCCACCCCACCCCCCCACACCCACUCUGUCGACCAAGAGCUCCCCUGUCACCCCUCUCUCCCUCCCCCUCUCCAAAUCGUUGCUUCCUAUCUCGCCCUCUCCCCACCCCCAACAUCCCGUUCUGUCUCCACGCUCCCCCUCAUCCUCCACACCCCCCCCCCACUCUGUCUCUUCCCCACAACUCUCUCCGUCUCACCCUCCACUCUCCCCCUCUCCUCCCUGCCAUCCCCCCCGCUAUCUCUCCCCCCAUCUUCCCCCCCCACCCUCUCCCUCUCUCCACCACUCUGUCUCCCCUUCCCCUUGUCUACCCCCCGCACCCCCACGUCUCCUCUCUCCCUUCCCUGCAGGGGGGGUGGGGGGAGUAGGAAGGAGGAAGUGGGAUCCCACCAGGAGACUGCGUUGUGACGUUCCGGGGACACAGCUGCCUUGGCGGGUGGACAGUGAAAAUCCAAGGCUGGAGGGGGGGAGGGGGAAUUCGGCUAAACAUCGGAGGAUUCUCGGCAGGUGGAGCGGGAGCUGAAGGAGAGACACGGACAGACAACGGUCUGUUAUUCCCGGAAUUGACGGGGAAACAUCGGAUUCCGAGGGACGGCAUUUGGGAUCUGGGCGGUCGAGAUUUGGAAAGUUACCGAAGGACGCCCUAUGUGGCCAAGUAUUCGCUCGGCCGCGUGAUCCCUGGACGCUCGGCCUGAUUCGAAACUAACCCACGCCAAACCAUUAACUCACCCAGACUCUCUGUAUCCACUAUGUAGACAUUCCAGCGCUGGAUAGAUCCCACGGCAAAUUGGUCUGAUUUUUAUUGUGUGUUUUUAUUUAAACGGUUGCUUGUUUUAUCA